AUGUGUGAACUCAAGAUGAUCACUCAGUGUUUCUCUGGGAACUAUCUUCUUGGAGAAGGUGGUUUUGGUAAAGUUUAUAAAGGUUACAUCGAUGAGAAUCUUCGACAAAGCCUCAAGGCUCAGCCUGUUGCUGUCAAGCUGUUGGAUAUUGAAGGGCUUCAAGGACAUCGUGAAUGGCUUUCUGAGGUCAUACUUCUUGGCCAACUAAAGCACCCAAAUCUAGUCAAACUAAUCGGUUACUGCUGCGAGGAGGAAGAACGAGUCCUCAUUUACGAGUUCAUGCCACGUGGUAGCUUGGAAAACCACCUCUUCAAACAGAUUUUAAUAUCACUGCCGUGGGUGACCCGAUUGAAAAUCGCGGUCGCGGCUGCUAAGGGUUUAGCGUUCUUGCAUGAUUUAGAGAGUCCAAUAAUCUACCGAGAUUUCAAGACUUCUAAUAUACUACUCGAUUCGGAUUUUACGGCGAAGCUAUCAGAUUUUGGUUUGGCUACAAUGGGACCAGAAGGAUCCAAAUCUCAUGUCACAACUCGAGUCAUGGGCACUUAUGGUUAUGCUGCUCCUGAAUAUGUUUCAACAGGUCAUUUAACGACAAAGAGUGACGUGUACAGUUACGGAGUCGUGUUACUCGAGCUCCUAACGAGAAGAAGAGCCACAGAUAAGUCACGGCCAAAAAACCAGCAAAACAUCAUCGACUGGGCAAAGCCUUACCUAAUGAGCAGCCGUCGUCUCCGAUGCGUUAUGGAUCAGAGGCUCGCGGGUCAAUACUCAGUCAAGGCGGCUAAGGAUACAGCUCUUCUCGCCUUACAAUGUGUGAGCCCUAACCCUAAAGACCGUCCCAAGAUGCCCGCCGUUGUGGAGGCUUUAGAGAGUCUCAUGCAUCAUAAAGACAUGGCGGUUUCGUCCCGUCACUGGCCACCAUCUCUGAGAUCUCAAGGCGGAAAAGAUUCGCUCAAGGUUAGAGGGGAUAAUCGAAGUGGUCGAAAAUCAGCUCCGGGUACACUAUGA